AUGGUCAAGGGCAAUCUCAAAUCGUCAGCAUCGUCCACUACAAGGAGGAAACAUGCAAAGAAGGCGCUUGGCCCACCCGAUCAGCCCGAUACGUCCAACAGGGAUAAGAAACCCAAGGCAAAGGAGAAGGGCAAGGGGAAGAGGGAGGCGCGGGUGAAGAUGUACAUCCCGCCGACGAAGCCAGGGCCGGCGCAGCCUGAUCCCCUGGACGCGAUGGGGCUGGCGCAUUGGCUUCCGCCUGAGCUGCUCGUUGUGCUGCAGAGUCUGGGCAAGAAGGCGGAGGUGACGAAAGUGCACGCGCUGGAGGAUCUGCAGGCCCACUGGGUCAAGCGCUGUGUCAACGAUGACGCUGUGCUGUAUGCCGUGACGGAUAUGCUUCCCGUAUGGGUGCAUGCACCACAUCCCAACGCUGUUUGCCUACCGCCGGGCGCAUCCGCCUCCUCGCAGCCUCCAUCCACGCAUCCUUCCUCGCAAUCGCCCCCCCUCAACACCCACAUCUCCGCCUUCCUCGCCGACACCGCCCCCACCCCGCAGCUCGAGGCCAUCCUCGGCACAUGGUGUCUCGCCGCGCACGACAUCGACAAAGCCGUCGCGCUGUCGCAGAAGAUCCUCGACGCGCGGCUCGACCUCAUCCGGCUGCGCCAGACGCACCCGCACCCGCGCCUCACGCUCCCGCUCGCAGACCAGAAGCUCGUCGACCAGGUCGCCGAGAUGCAGGCCCUAAAUGACGACCUCGAGGCCGCGCAGCGCCACAUGCACACCGUCAAGGAAUGCAUCAGGGCCAGUGCGAGCGCGGCGGAGCGGCUGCGCAUGGAAUCGGCGCAUGUCUCAAAGCGCAACGCCGCUAUACGGACAUCACACCAUCUACUAUCACGUUUGCUGUGCGGCGCCUCGUCUUGGGCAGUAUUUCUUCCUCCAGGACGUCCCUCCCCCGCUACUAUCCGUCCCCUCCUCGCGCCACUCGCCUCGGCCUCGAUGCGCGUACAUGGUAGUCGAAUAUCCGUCUGGUAG